GAUUGUUGCGUGACAUAUAUAUGUACCAUUCAUAGUGGUUCUAUUCAAAUUUACGAUUGUUUUUUGGUAAUCAUGAUUGAGGAUGCUUCACCGUUUAUGCAAACCCUGCUGGGUACUGGGUUAACGUGGUUUGUAACCGCAAUAGGCUCUGUAUUUUGUUUCAUCAUUUCUAAUUCCUCAUCGAGUCUAAAGAAUCAGAUUCUUGAUGGCAGUUUGGGUUUUUCCUCUGGAAUUAUGUUAGCUGCAUCAUUCUGGUCCCUGUUAGAACCGGCAUUGGAGAUGGCUAAAAUUGACUUAGGUCUAGGUGCAUAUUGUGUCUUCCCUGUAAUAUGUGGAUUGUUCAUCGGUGCAGCAUUUGUUGGAUUAGUGGAUACUUUUUUACCUGCCCAGUGGUUUGAAACAGUGCCAGUGGCACUUAAUGAUUCUUCUUAUUAUCCAGUGUCUAAUCCAAGCUCUGGCAUUGUGUCUGAUAUGUCUGUAAAACAACGUAAAUAUCCGAUAAAUAAUUGUAUGGAAUCCAACAUCAGGCAUCGUUCUGAAAACACUGUACAAGCAUACCCAUCUUCUUCAUCGAUAGAGGUUGAUAAAGAAAAAAAUCAGUUUCCGAAAAUGGUGAUAACUCGUCGCUUAUGGUUGUUAAUCAUAGCUAUUACAGUACAUAAUAUACCUGAAGGUUUUGCUGUUGGUAUUGCAUUUGGUGGACUUGGGCUAUACUCAAGAGCUACUUUUUCUCAAGCAUGUAAUCUGGCGAUCGGUAUUGCUAUUCAAAACUUUCCUGAAGGUUUGGCUGUCAGUCUACCAUUAUAUUCAGCUGGAUAUGGAUUUUUCAUUAGUUUCUGGUAUGGACAAUUGUCUGGUCUUGUAGAACCAUUUGCCGGGCUUAUCGGUUGUCUGGCCGUACAUUUCUUCCGAAGGCUGCAGCCUUAUGCGUUAGGUUUUGCUGCAGGAGCUAUGUUAUUCGUUGUAGUUGAUGACAUUAUCCCUGAAUCUCAGUCCAGAGGUCAUGGCCGACUAUCAACUGUCAUGGCCCUCAUUGGUUUCGCUAUUAUGAUGUGCUUAGAAGUGGUUACAGAGACCUAGUGAGGAAAGUAGUUGAGUUUCUUAUUGAUAGAGAUCGAGUUUUCACUUGUGCAAUUGGUUGACGUACUGCUUCUUACGUAAUACAAUUAUCUCAUUGUGAUAUUAUGAAAACACAACUUAAAAAUAAAUAAGCCCUUUUUUACAUGUACAUAUCAGUUUUUUGGAAAUUGCUUAUGUACACCUUAAAGUAUUCUUAUGAUUACUGUUAAUGGGUGCUAGUACCUGUAGUCUUUUGUCCUCAUCUCGAUUCUUAUAAUCCUUAUUUUUGACGUAAAGAACAGAUGUGUAGAAAAAGCAGAUCAGAUAGUUUUCUUGUCUUCUUAUGAAUUUCUUUUUUUUUCUGUUACUGAUGUUCUUUUUAUACUUUCAUAAAACUAUACUUAAUAUUGUUUCAAAUCUGUCAGGUAUACCUCGUUUUUUUUUAUAUUCAUGAAGAAUAAAUAGUUUUAAUUUUUGA